AUGUCGAAUCGCCUCGGCCUCACGCCGCCCACGAAGUUGACUGACGAGCAGAAACCAGUCCACGAGUUGUUCGGGGACUACACGAACGCACGAUAUGACGGUGCACCUCAGACAUCUCUUGAAGAUGGCACAUUAAUUGGGCCCUUUGGAAUCUUGCUACAUCACCCACAACUCGGUGAGCCUUUCUAUCGUCUAGCGCAGGGUCUACGAAUGAUCCCUGGCCUGUCGUCGUACGGCCGCGAAGUGGUGAUUGCUGUAGCUGGAGCGCGAUCACAGGCCGCUUAUGAGAACUACGCGCACGCCAUCAUCGCCAACGGAGAGGGGAUCUCGGAGGCUGAGCUACAUGAGAUCCACGCUGGCAGGUGUCCAGAGACACUCACUGAGGAAGGAAAGGUUGCCUUCGAGUUGGCAACAGCUCUUGGCAGGCCCGGAAUACUCGAGCAAGCAAUUUGGGACAAGGCCGUCAAAGUGCUGGGCAGAGACGGUGCCGCCGCCGCGGUCCACUAUACAGGGUUCUACAGCUACGUGGGAAUCGUCCUGAACGGAUUUGACGCCAAAACCGCCACGCGGACGCACAUUCAACCGUUCAUCAACGCCAUCUUCUUUGGCGGAGCGUUCAUGUCCUUUAUGGCGGUCGCAUACGUGCCUGCCUUCGUGGAAGACCGGGCAACCUUCGCCAAUGAACGCGCCAACGGCUUAGUCGGACCUCUGACCUUCGCUAUCGCCAAUUUCCUCAUCGGCUUGCCGUUUCUUGUUUUUGAUUACACUGACCUUCUCCGUCGUCAUCUACUGGUUGUCCAACUUUCGGCCCGACGGCGGCGCCUACUGGAUUACGUGUUCCACUACAUCGACUACCAAGCCUACGUGUUCCAAGGCAUGAUGGUCAAUGAGUUCAAGCACCGCGGCUAUUCGUGCUCCCGCAAUGCCGACGGCUCGUUCUACUGCAAUUACCAAAGUCCCUCGAAUUCUGAGGGCAAGAUCGACGGUGCUGCCGUCCUAGAGAGUUUCAACAUUGCCAUCGACCAAACGGGCACCUGGGGUGGCAUUAUCGUUGGCAUCAUUGCCGGAUAUCGUGUGCUUGGCUCCAUUGCCUUGCGUCUCAGGAAAGACUGA